AUGAAAAAGGGUCACGAAUCGGGCGAUGUCAAGCUCUCCAAAAGAGAGCUGGUAUUCAAAGCUAGCGAAAUCAGCCCCAGCCGGACAAUCGAUGUAGUAAAUUAUCAAGGAGGGAGAGCCAACAUUCCUUCCAAUCUCAUCGCCUCAAUAAAAUCUGUAUGGGGCCUGGCGGUCACUUCUCCAACGUUGAAAGGCAUUCUCGCGCACGUAAGUGCUUGCAAAUUCAUCAAGGGUCUUGAGCAGGAUCUCGGAAAGAGUGUCGCUGACCUGGAACCCAAGUCACCUCCUGUCGCCGGUCCUAGUAGAAAACGACCCAUUGAAAAUGUUGACAGUCCUGAAUUCUGUGGCAAGAAGCGAAAGAGAGACGAGGAACAGGAUGAAGACGAAAGUCCGAUGAGUGGAUCACAGCUGGCUCCCAUGAGACGUAGGCGGCAGUUGGAGGCUGCUAAGAGGAGAAGGAAGGGGCAGAAUAAGAGGGGUGGUAAGAGCUAG